AUGUCCAGUGAGUAUAGAUUAGGCGGGGAUAGAGGACGGGGUGGCUUCCGUGGAGAUCGCGGAGGCGGAGGAAGAGGUGGACGAGGCGAUUCCAGAGGGCGAGGAGCCAGCGGUGGUUUUAGAGGUGAUAGAGGCGGAGGCGAGGGUCGUGGUCGUGGUCGUGGUGGAGGUGGAAGAGGAGGCAACCCUCAAGACCAAGAUCCCAAAGUCGCGAAAGUCGAAGAUGCGUUGCAUCCAACGACAAAGAAGACAUUCGAUCUUGGUAGUCCGAAGUUAACCAAAGGCUUCCCCAGCCGUCCGGGGUAUGGCACCAGGGGCGCCAAAGUUGAACUCACGGCAAAUUACGUCGAGUUAUUGCCGCCAUCAAGCAUGAUUCUGUAUCGAUACGACAUCCAGAUCAGCCCAGAGGCCUUUGGCAGGAAGCGUUCCCGGGUGAUGCAGCUGCUGCUCCAGUCAGCGGAAUUGGCACCGCACCAAGGCAACCUUGCAACUGACUUCCGGUCUACCCUUGUCUCCAAAACUAGGUUUUCGAGCGACGAGACCAUCAUCGAGGUCCACUAUCGUUCCGAAGGUGAAGACGAGCCGGCGGCUAGAGCCACCACAUACAAGGUCCGCGUCCUGUACACGAAGAGUUUAAGUAUUAGCGAAUUGACUAACUACCUGAACUCCACGGAUUUUGGCCAGUCAUGUGUAGGCAAGCAGGAGUUGACGCAGGCUCUGAAUAUCUUUCUGAACCACUACGCUAAAUCCGCGGACAACCUUGCCACCAUUGGGUCGACAAAGAGCUUUUCCCUCCACCAGAACGCAGCAAGAGGAGAUCUCGGUUCCGGCUUGGAAGUCAUUCGGGGCUUCUUUUCGAGCGUGCGCAUUGCGACUUGUCGCAUCCUGGUCAACAUCAAUGUCAGCCAUGGGGCUUUCUAUCACGCUGGCCCUUUACCGGCACUCAUGAGCAGUUACGGUGUUCGGAACACCGUAGCGCUGGAAAAAUUUCUCAAAUUGGUUCGAGUCCAAACCACGCAUCUGCCCGAGAAGCGCAACAGAGCCAAUGAGGUAAUUCCCAGAGUUAAGACUAUCUUUGGACUUGCUAGGAUGGAUGAUGGAUUAGGCAUGGCCCACCCACCUUGUGUUAGACAGCAUGGGGCAGGCGCCAAAGAUGUCGAGUUCUGGCUUGACGGUGAAGCUAGCUCCCCUGGUGCACCCAAGGCGGAAGCCAAGGGAGGCGCGAAAGGAAAGGGCAAGGGCAAGGGCAAGGCUCAGCCAGAGAGCCCAGCAGCCUCUGGCUCUGGGAGGUACAUCACAUACAAUCUACUCCUGCAGCACCCCCAGCUUCCGUUGAUCAACUGCGGCAACCGGGAGAAUCCGAUGUAUCUCCCGGCAGAAGUCUGUGUUGUCUUCUCGGGCCAACCCUCCAAGUCGAAGCUCGGCAGCACCCAAACGCAGCAGAUGAUUCGCCACGCUGUUCGAAAGCCGUGGGAAAAUGCGGCCUCGAUUGUUGGGGAUGGUGUACAGACUGUUGGUCUUGAUGAGAACUCCAAUGCGCUUUUGCGUUCUUUUGGCCUUAAAAUUACGGCAGGACUCGUCAAAGUACCCGGUCGCAUCCUCGGCUGUCCAAAGGUUGUCUACAAGGGCAACAAGACGGCUGAUCCUCGCUUUGGCAGCUGGAAUAUGAUCAAUAUCAAAUUCAACACCGGCGCCUCACUUGCCAAGUGGUCAUACCUGAUGAUCUCACUUCCCGGGGCACGCGACUCCUUCAACCAGCAAAGCCUGGGGGCCGUAAUGAAUGAGUUCCAUCAAGCUUUGGGGAAAAUUGGCGUCAACGUCGCUCCACCGCUCGCAGGCCAACGCCUCCGACUUCAGCACUCAGAUGACCCUGCGAUCGGUUCCAUCUUACCGCGUGCCGCUGGGGCUUUGGAUCUCCUUUUUAUUAUCCUCCCCGAGGCCAACAUACCACUAUACAAGCGCAUCAAGACGCUCGCCGACAAAGACUAUGGCAUCCAUACUAUCUGCUCCGUGGGCUCCAAACUAGCGAAAGACCGCGGCCGCGACCAAUAUAUGGCCAAUAUCGCUUUGAAGUUCAACCUUAAGCUCGGCGGGAUCAAUCAGAUCGUGGAGAAUAAGAACCUCGGCAUCAUCGACCAGAACAAGACAAUGGUUGUUGGUAUCGACGUCACACACCCCUCGCCUGGCUCCUCCUCUAACGCGCCUUCUGUUUCUGCAAUGGUGGCUUCCAUAGACAAGUUCCUAGGUCAAUGGCCGGCAACCUUGCGCAAACAACGUGCGAGGCAGGAGAACGUGGAUGAUCUCACUGAGAUGCUGAAGUCUCGCCUUAGCCUCUGGAAAACCAAAGGCAAACACACCGCUCUCCCCGAAAAUAUUCUCAUCUACCGCGACGGAGUCUCUGAAGGCCAGUACGACAUGGUCCUCUCGCAAGAGCUUCCGCAACUCCGCCGCGCAUGCGAACAAGUGUACCCAACAGCCGACACCAAAAAAGGACUUCCACGCUUCACCAUCAUAAUCUGCGGCAAACGGCACAAAACGAGAUUCUACCCCACUACCGAGCAAGACUGCGAUAGAUCUGGCAAUACUAAACCCGGCACCGUUGUCGACCGCGGGGUGACUGAAGCGCGGAGCUGGGAUUUCUUCUUGCAGGCACACGCCGCACUUCAUGGGACCGCCCGCCCAUGUCACUAUUACAUCGUGCAUGAUGCGAUUUUCCGGCAAAUCUAUGCAAAGUUGAUUCCGUCCCCUUUCCAGAACAUCGCCGAUAUCGUUGAAGAUCUCACGCAUAACAUGUGCUACUUGUUCGGCCGCGCGACCAAGGCUGUUAGUCUAUGCCCCCCCGCAUACUACGCUGAUCUCGCGUGUGAGCGCGCGCGAUGCUACUUGGCGAGUUUGUUCGACACGCCAUCACCGAGUGCCGCCCUGUCCGUGACUGAAACGUCGGCGGCUGAAGGAGCCCUGCAGCCUAGUGCUGAUGAUGUGCAGAUUCACCUAAAGCUGAAGGAUACGAUGUUCUAUAUCUAA